CUCUUCGUGUCCAUAACGGAUUACAGGCACCGGCACCUCCCUAUCUACACCAAUGAACAAACCAUGACGAGAGAUUUCCUGCGCAUAGUCUUUAGCUUUACGAUCGACAUAUCUCCGUCCACACCAUGAGCCUCGAACCCGGCCUUCCGAGGUCAGACUCCCCCGCAAGCUCGGAGAGCUCCUUCACGCGCUCCCGCUUACGGGGUAAAGAAGAACCGCUGAAGAAGGAUAAGAACUAUCGUCGUUAUGCCUACAAUGUUGAACGAGCCCUUUCGUUGUUUGAUACCGCCCUGCAGGAGUGGGCCGACUAUAUUUCGUUCCUCAGUCGACUAUUGAAGGCGUUGCAAUCUCAUCCGCCGGAUAUAUCGAUUGUCCCCCAUAAGGUGCUCGUGUCGAAACGAUUGUCGCAAUGCCUGAACCCCUCGCUGCCGUCGGGCGUCCAUCAGAAGGCGUUGGAAGUGUAUACGUUCGUCUUCAAUUUGAUCAAGCCGGAAGGACUUUCACACGACCUGCCUUUAUACUUUCCAGGGAUUGCGCCCACCUUAACAUUCGCUUCGCUUACGGUCCGUCCGCUGUUCCUGUCUCUGGUGGAAAACUACAUUUGUACCGUGGAAGCAUGGGCAAUUCGACCGGCCUUGAAGGCGAUCCUCCUAUCCCUUCUGCCAGGGCUCGAGGAAGAAACGAGUGAUGAUUUCGAACCGACCCUCCGACUUAUCAAUAAAUUCCGCGACAUUGCGAGUAAAAUGGAUACCCAGAAGGCUGGAACUGAAGUAGUCUCACAGGGACAAUACUUCUGGCAGUGUCUCUUCCUGGCAUCUAUCACGAGCCCUAGCAGGCGAUCCGGUGCGCUGGCUUAUCUGAAUCGAUGUCUCCCCAAACUGGGCGUCACGGACCGGAGGCCAAGUAGGGGUGAAACAAGCGAUCCAUCGGAAAUGUCACAAGACAUGCUAGCGGCUGUCGAUUCGGUCGUACAGCCAGAGCCCGGUCUACUGAUUCGAUGUUUCGCGUCGGGCCUAUUAGAUGAGCAAGUCCUCGUGCAGCGAAAUUUCCUUGACCUGUUGGUCACUCACCUGCCAUUGAGCUCCCCGAUACUGCAGUCGCGGAUCGUAAGUGAUGAUCUCCAGAGGCUGGUCAUUGCAGCAAUCGGAGUUGUCACUCGGCGUGACAUGAGCUUGAAUCGCCGACUGUGGUCUUGGCUCCUGGGGCCUGAUGCAGCGACCGAUCAGUCUUCCUACGAGCGUCGCAAUUCGACAUCCGACGGCGCCGACCAGUCGGCUGAUAGCGGGUUGCUUUCCCAGUCUGAAUAUUUCAGCCGGUUUGGACUGAAAGCCUUGACUGAUGGCCUUCUGCAAAUGGUCGAGCAGGACUCGACCGCUUCCCCCGGGACGACCAAGCCAUUCCGCAUAUCUCUUGCGUUGAUGGACCGAUGGGAAGUCGGCGGGCAUGUUAUUCCAGAGAUCUUUCUACCAAUUAUACGGAAGGUCCAAACAUUCGAAGAUACGGCGUCCAAGGCUCGAUUUGAAGAGGUUUUCCGCAGCGCGAGUGCCUUUUUUGACGGUGUCGAGAGUUCUGUGAUAUUCUCCGAGCUCGUUCGCUUGGUGGACUGGAAAACCGAGGACCUGAGCCACAAUGUGGAGUCGGUUGCGAGCGACUUAACUCUUGCACAUUUCAUACUCACCAACUUCAACGUGCGAGAAGAGGAGAUGGUUACUCGACAUGUUCCUCUGCUCGCACUCACCGUCCUGAUGAAAAUGGGCGAGUUACCUGUUGGAGACCAUACUACUCUGACCCGAGACCAAAGUUCGCAGGUAGCAAACAAGCUGUCGAAGAUAAUGCACUCGCUGACUGGGCUGCUUACUGAGAGGGCUUUCAGCAGAAGAUCGAAUUCACAGGCAGCCAACUCCUCCUCAGACCCCGUGAAUGCCGAGGUCUUAAAAAAGAUCCAUGAUUUCUAUUACCAGAGCAAAAAUCGUCUGGACUUGCCCCAGCCACCGUUUCACCCUAGACAGCUGGCAGAAAUGAUGAUCAAGAAAGCGCACGAAUUGGCCAUAUCAGCUCUGCAAAAUACAUCCAAUGAUGCGCGAACGCAUGAGAGGGUGAAUCUCUUCAUGGUAUUGCUCAAAAAGCUGCCCAAAUCGCGUGUUCUGCGUGAUAGGCGCUUUUACAUGGCGAUUUGUGAACGAGUUCAUGCUCAUCAAGUUGAGCUUUCUACUGCCUCGUUUUCUGUCAUAUCCUCAAUUUCGUCCGCCGUGACAAAGUUGUAUUUUAUCCACAAAGUUGGGCUCUAUAUCGGCUAUGAGGACGUCUCUGAUCUGAUCCCAAUUCUGGUGAGACAGCUUUGGGCAUUCCUUUCACCCUUGAGUCCCAAAUUCCAUGUCGAGGCCGUUCGUUGCUUGUGGAAUUUGCAUUCGGCCUCUUGGAAGGACCAUCUUGUUGAGGCAUCGAUCACAUCCCUUAUGAUUGACUCCUCGUCCCCUGGGUCUCGCCAGCUGUCGUCAGAAGAGCAAGUAGGAAGAUACUUUGUCUUGUGGACUCAUAGUCAUCAUGGAACGUAUGAACUUCCACCGAAACACGUCCAUGAUGCGGCCAAGUCGCAAUACUCUUAUCAUGCUUCCAUGCUUGAGCGGCCUCUGUUCAUCGUCUUAGACUUAUUAUAUGAGGAGUCGAAUGAGACGUCACAGAUAGCCCAUCGUUGGAUCCACGAUCUGUCAUCCAUUCACAAAGUGUUUCGUAUAGUAGUUUCACGGCUCGAAAGUCUCUUUUUGCGGGCCGACCAAACUUCAACUGGCGGUGAAAACCCGUCUAUAUGUGGCGAUGAUUACAAGGAGUGCAACUACCUGUUAGAAACAAUAUACAAUGUUGUUUCUGCGCUUUCUCAUAAUGGAUGGGUGGCUCUCAUGACAGAAUCACUGUCUCCAGUCGACAGGCAUCACGAGGUUUCCGCUUCAGAGGAUAACUCCCAGACCCCAAGCAUCCAUGCCGUCAUUUUCCAGGCAUCAUUGCGGGUAGUAAGCGGACAGACCACGGCUACGGCCAAGGAUGGUAUGGAGGAGGUUAAGCUUUAUCAAACCUCGCUGCUUGUCAUGCGCCAACUUCUUUUGGGCCCAGGGGCCGAUGAGGUUGUGGACUCAGGAAUCGACGCACUGCUUGUUGAUCGUCUGACAGCUGCCCUCGAUGAGAAGGGCAGUAUUCCCGUCCAGGGGGCACUGAUAGACACCCUUCUUGCAGCACUCAAGGUCCGGUUCGCCCAAGCUUAUUUGCCUCCCCCGCCCCCAAGACCUAAACACCAUAGAGCAAACUCUCGCGAUCGGUUAACAAGCCCAUCGAUACUGUCUUUCACAAGUGACAAGGCAGAAAAGUCUCCGGCACCACCCACUUUGCCCCAGCCACCCAACAAUCUCUUAGAUUGCCUUCUCAAAGGCAUCAGCUCUCCCAACUCUAGAGAGAUUGUAGAGAAAUGGACGGUAUUGCUGUGUGAAGUGCUACCUCUAUAUACUGGAUCGCUCUUUCAAAUUCUGUUGAUGUUAGUGGAGUGUUUCUGUAGGGAGAUACGGCUUUCCUAUACGAACCUCCAGCUUUUGUUCAAGCAGACAGAGAGCUGGCCCGAGGAUCGGUCGGAGCAUGCCACUAUUGCACUCCUUACUGGUCUUGAGAAUUGCAUCGCGAGUGCCCACGAACGUCUCAUUGUGGAGGAGUCACAUACACCUGCUGCUAAGAGUCCGGACCAAACUCAAGGGUUCUUUGGGAACAUGGUUUCGGCCGUAUACAACUCCGAUACGGGUCAACCGCGCUCAGCGGCAGCCAACAAUAGACUCACCGUUCUGCUCUGCUUCCAGGAUGCGGUGCGGCUGUGCUUUUCUAUAUGGUCCUGGGGCGCAGGCGAGAAAAGCAACUUGCCCCAAGAUGCAGAGUCUUUGGCAUCCUUCCAGUAUACGUCGCUGCGCAUGAGAAACAGGUCGCGUCGUAUCCUCGAGCAUCUCUUCACGGCAGAGGCUCUUGAGUGUCUUGAAACGCUUGUCGAGAUGUGGACCAAGUCGGACUCCGAGACUCUGACUCUGAUCUUCGGUCUCCUUCACACUCUGGAUGGUUCCCGGCCAAAGAUCACCAUUCCGGCUAUUUUCAAUGCCAUUUAUACCAGAACGAAUCCGGCAGCACUCGACGCGAACCGCAAAUCCACGCUGACCUCGAGUCUCACCGAGGGUGAACUCGCCGGAUUUCUUGUGACUUAUGCCAGGUCGCUUGAUGAUGACGUGCUAGAUGAGAUCUGGGCGGAUUGCACGACUUUCCUGCGUGAUGUGUUGAGCAACCCCUUCCCACAUAGGCAAAUCCUUCCUCGCUUGGUCGAAUUCGCCGCAAUCCUCGGGGCAAAGAUGGAGAACACGAACUUUGGCGAAGACCGGCGAAUGCGAAAGGAAUUAGGAGAUGUACUUCUACGAUUGCUCACGGCCAUCUUUACCAGUAAGCCCAUGGGGCUGUCGCAGGAGUCGAACCUUUUGAGCCGGACGUCUCAGGACUUAGACCAUACAUUGGCAACGCACAUUGGUCCCGAUGACAUCCUUAGCAUCCUCGCUGUCUCCAUGCCCGCAUUUACAACCACGUUAGGCGACUCCGAUCGGAUCAACACAGCCGUGAGUGGGAUCUCAACCAACGUUAUCGGGCCGCUCCUGCGAUCUCGGCUUUUCCCGAACAACCUCAACCGCAACUUCGUGACACUCCUCCAACACAUUGUGAGGGCUCAAGGCACCGCGAAAGUCUGGAAGAAGGAUAUAGCCGAGGCCUUCAAUGACCCCCGUUUCUUCAACUCGCACGUUGAGCUGGUGAAAGACGGCUGGAUGAACCUCCUGCGGCAAUGGGUUCUCGCUGAUAAGGAACGGCUGACCGAGUUGCUGGGUCGUCUUCCGCCGCCCAGCACGGCGGGGAUCAUGUUUGGCGUCGGAGCCUCUGCAGCACGCCUGGAUGCCGACCGCAAGGCGCAAUUGAACCUUCGCAGGAUCGCGCUCCUCAUCCUCUCGUCAAAUGACGAUUACUUUAUGGGUGAGCUCCCUGGUCUUCUCCAGAAGCUGGAAGACCUCCUUGGAGCGACAAGCUCGUCAUCACCGUCGUCGACGACCAGGGCGGAGAUUUUCAUGGUUCUUCGAGCCCUGGCACUGAAAAGCUCAACCACUGCGCUGGGGCCUUUCUGGCCGCUGAUCAACACGGAACUCCAGGAGGCGCUCUCCGCCAUACCCCUUGGUGCUCAGCAAGAAGUCUACAGCCCAUACUCGUUGCUCCAAGCCUGCAAGCUACUGGAUACAUUACUCGUCCUCACUCCGGAUGAUUUCCAGUUAGUCGAAUGGCUAUUUGUCACGGAUACUGUCGACGCCGUCUACCCGCCCGAGCACUGGGACUCGAAGGCACUAGUGGACGAAGUGUCGCAGAACCUAGGGACGCGACCGUCGCCAUCGUCCGACACACCAGCAGAGCCAACGACCGAUAUAGACCGGAACGUGAAGAACCCAGCGCUCACAGCCGACUGGAUCCGAGACGUCGCCAAAGACGAGAUCAUUGAGCGUGUCUUGCGGCCGUUCUUCGACCAGCUCAGCAUUCGUGCGUAUGAGAGCACUUACAGCAUGGGCCGGCCCAGCUUGGAGACAUGUCUUGAUGAUUUGUUGGCGGAUUUGUUCAACGAGAGCACUAUGGCUCACUAGGGGGUCUAGCUGUUCUUGUCAGCUCUGGUUAUGAUUGUACUUACUAUAGGUUGUUGGACCUUGGUAGCUCGCUGGCAUGUUUGCAAACGUCUUUUUUUUUUUUUUUCGCGUUGUGUAGUUGGUUUAACAAGCGGUCAUUUAUAACAAUCAUCUCAUUAGCUUCAA